GGCCGGGCCGGCUCCGGGAGCCCCGCGGAGCCCCGCGCCGAGCCGAGGAGCCAGCGGCCACCCGAGGCUCGCCGCUCCCGGCCGCCCCGCGGGCUCUGCUAUGAUCUGUCGGCGCCGGGAGCAGCAUGGGCAGCGUCAGCAGCCUCAUCUCCGGCCACAGCUUCCACAGCAAGCACUGCCGCGCCUCCCAGUACAAGCUCCGCAAGUCCUCGCACCUGAAAAAGCUCAACCGCUACUCGGACGGGCUGCUCCGCUUCGGCUUCUCGCAGGACUCCGGCCACAAGUCCGGCUCCAAGAGCAGCAAGAAUGAGGAUUUCUUUUACAUCAAGGUCAGCCAGUCGCACGGCUCGCACCGGCCGGACUACACCGCCCUGGGCGGCGGCGAGCUGGGCGUGCCCGCCGGCACCAGCGGGCUGGACUUCGGGACGCCCACGCCGCAGAAGCUGAUGCCCUUCCCCAGCCAGCUGGAGGUGGGCGGGGACAAGCUGCUGCCUCGUCCCACGGCCUUCAAGCCGGUGCUGCCGCGCUCGGGGCCAUCCUGCCACUCGUCCCCCGAGAGCGGGCCCCUGGCCCAGCAGCUGCACCCCCCGGAGAAGGCCAAGGAGCAGGAGCUGCGGCCGCUGCCGUGCUCGGGGGGCCUGUCCGACUCCGGCCGCAACUCCAUGUCCAGCCUGCCCACGCACAGCACCAGCAGCAGCUACCAGCUGGAGCCCCUGGUCACCCCCAUGGGCCCCAUCAGCCGCUUCGGGGGCUCUGCCCACAACAUCCUGCAGUGUGCCAUCAUCCAGGACAGCAACAUGAUGAGCCUCAAGGCCAUGUCCUUCUCCGACGGCGGCAACAAGAUCCUGAACCCCGGCAAGGCCCCCCAGCACCGCCCCGCCGCCGAGAAAAGCGUCUGCGUGCGCUCGCCCAUCUCCACGGAUGAAUCCACCAUCCAGGAGCUGGAGCAGAAGCUGCUGGAGAGGGAGGGCGAGCUGCAGGAGCUGCAGUCGAGCUUCGAGGAGAAGAUCAGCUCCUGCCAGGCCUACGAGGAGAAGCAGCGGCGCUGCAAGGAGGAGCUGGAGGGGCUGAAGCAGAAGUGCAACAGCAAACUCAAGCAAACCUCGCAGAAAACGCAGCGGACGCAGCAGGUGCUGCACCUGCAGGUGUUCCAGCUGCAGCAGGAGAAGCAGCAGCUGCGGGAGGAGCUGGAGAAGCUCAUGAAGGAGCAGAACCUGCUGGAGACCAAGCUGAGGUCCUACGAGAAGGAGAAGACCAGCUUUGCCCCGGCGCUGGAGGAGACGCAGUGGGAG